AUGCUAUUCAAGAAUGCUUUCAUAGCAGUUUUCGCUGCAUCAUUCGCUUCGGCGGUUCCACACAACAAGCGAGGGCCGUCGGGCUUCGACUGGGGCAACCAAAAGAUACGGGGAGUGAACAUUGGUGGUUGGCUUGUAUUGGAACCUUGGAUAACACCAUCGAUCUUCGAACGAUUUCCCCGCGAACAAGGCAUCAUCGACGAGUACACUUUGACACAAUCUCUGGGAGCCGACGCAGCCGUUCAAAGCGUUUUGCGACAGCAUUGGGAUACAUGGGCGACAUGGGCGGACUUCAAGAAGAUUGCAGAUUCUGGCUUCAACGUCGUACGGAUACCGAUCGGAUACUGGGCCUACGACAACUCAAACUCUCCGUAUGCGUCCGGAGCAGCCGUGUACAUGGAUGCAGCGAUCGAUUGGGCAAGAUCAGUAGGAUUGAAGAUCAUGAUCGAUCUACACGGUGCACCGGGCUCUCAGAAUUGCUUCGACAACAGCGGACAGAAAUGUGCGACACCGGGAUGGCAGCAAGGAGAUACUGUACAACGAACGCUGGCCGUUCUACGGACCAUACAAAGCAAAUACGGAGCUUCCUCCUACGACGAUGUCAUCGCCGGCAUCGAGCUCCUCAACGAACCACUCACACCCUCUUUGAACCUCGACAGCUACAAGCAAUUCGUCCGCGAUGGGUUCGGCCAACAACGGGACGCCAGUCAGUCUCGCGUUGUCAUCAUACAAGAUGGCUUCCAACAAACCUCCGCCUACAACGGCUUCCUUACGCCCUCUGAUGCCAACGCACAGAACGUCGCCAUUGAUCAUCACGAAUAUCAAGUCUUCACCCCCGAACUCGUUGCUUUGCAGCCUUCGCAACAUCGGCAAUACGUCUGCAACAACGCCUACGUCUGGAACGCCGGCGACAAGUGGACCUUUGUCGGCGAGUGGAGUGCCGCCAUGACCGAUUGUGCGAAAUACCUCAAUGGCUACGGCGUUGGAGCAAGAUAUGAUGGAUCGUACCCGGGCAGCUCCUACGUCGGGCAGUGCGCGGGAUUCAACGAUAUUAAUGCCUGGUCGCAGCAGCUGAGGGACGAUACGAGAGGCUAUAUCGAAGCCCAGUUGGAGGCUUUUGAGAGGUGGUCGGAGGGCUGGGUGUUUUGGAACUUCAAGACGGAGGGUUCGCCCGAGUGGGAUGCGUUUGCGCUGAUUGAUGCUGGCGUCUUUCCGCAGCCGUUGACAGAUCGGAAGUUUGGGACGGCUUGUGCUUGA